AUGACCCCCACCCUCACGGCCCUGCUCUGCCUUGGGCUGAGUGUGGGCCUGGGGACCCAGGUGCAGGCAGGAGAGUGGACCCUCCCCAAACCCACCAUCUGGGCUGAGCCAGGCUCUGUGAUCUCCUGGGGGAGCGCCGUGACCAUCUGGUGUCAGGGGACCCAGGGGGCCCAGGAGUUCCGUCUGGAUAAAGAGGGAAGCUCAGCCCCCUGGAACAGACAGAGCCCACGGGAGCCUGGGGUCAAGGCCAAGUUCUCCAUCCCCCACAUGACAGAGCCCUACGCAGGGAGAUAUCACUGUUCCUAUAACAGCUCCACUGGCUGCUCAGAGCUCAGUGACCCCCUGGAGCUAAUGGUGACAGGAGCCCACAGCAAACCCACCCUCUCAGCCUUGCCGAGCCCGGUGGUGACCUCAGGAGGGAAUCUGACUCUCCAGUGUCUCUCAUGGCAGGGAUUUGCCCAGUUCAUUCUAACUAAGGAAGGAGAACACAAGUCCUCCUGGACCCUGGACGCACAGCGACGCCCCGAUGGGCAGACCCAGGCCCUGUUCCCUGUGGGCCCCGUGACCCCCACACACAGGUGGACGUUCAGAUGCUACGGCUUUAACAGGGACACCCCCCAGGUGUGGUCGGAACCCAGUGAGCCCCUGGAGUUCCUGGUCGCAGGUGUGUCUGGGAAGCCCUCCCUCCUGACCCCACACGGCCCUGUCGUGGCCUCUGGACAGAGCCUGACCCUCCAGUGUCGCUCUGAUGUCGGCUACGACAGAUUCGCUCUGUCCAAGGAGGGGGGACAGGACCUCCCCCAGCGCCCUGGCCGGCAGCCCCAGGCCGGGCUCUCUCAGGCCGACGUCCCCCUGGGCCGGGUGACCGACGCCCACGGGGGCCGGUACAGAUGCUACGGUGGACACAACCUCUCCUCCGAGUGGUCGGCCCCCAGUGACCCCCUGGACAUCCUGGUGGCAGGACGGCUCCCUGCACCCUCCCUCUCAGUGCAGCCGGGCCCCACGGUGGCCUCAGGAGAGAACGUGACCCUGCUGUGUCAGUCAGGGAGCACAAGGGAAAGUUUCCUUCUGUCCAAGGAGGGGGCAGCCCAUCCCCCUCUGCGUCUUACACCAAAGUUUCGAGGUGGGCAGUUCCAGGCCGAAUUCUCCAUAAGUCCUGUGACCUCAGCCCACAGUGGGACCUACAGGUGCUACAGCUCACUCAGCAGUCACCCCUACCUGCUGUCACAGCCCAGUGACCCCCUGGAGCUCCUGGUCUCAGGAGGCUCUGAGGACCAGCUCCUUCCCCCCACGGAGUCAGGCCCGCAGACGGGUCUCAUAUGGUACCUGAAGGUUCUGAUCGGGGUCUCAGUGGCCUUCGUCCUGCUGCUGCUCCUCCUCCUCUUCCUCCUCGUCCGACACCGGGGUCAGGACAGAUGCAGGAAGUCAGGGGCUGCAGACCCAGAGCCCAAGGACAGAGGCCUGCACAGCAGCUCCUGCCCAGCUGUCGAUGCCCAGGACCAGACCCUCUACGCUGCCAUGAACGACACUCAGCCUGAGGAGGGGGCGCAGCUGGACCAUCUGCAGAACAGGCAGGAUGCAGACCCUCAGGAGGAGGCAUAUGCCCAGGUGAACCGCUCAAGAUCAAGACUCAGACGGGGGAUGGCCACCUCUCCUUCCUCCCUGUCAGGGGGAUGGCUGAACAUGAAGGACAGAGACGCAGAAGAGGACAAGCAGAUGGACAGUCAGGCUGCCGCAUCCGAAGCCCCCCAGGACGUGACCUAUGCCCAGCUGAACCACUGGGCCCUCAGACGGGAGACGACUGCACCCCCCGCCCCCCCGUCAGGGGAGCCCCCAGCAGAGCCCAGCGUGUACGCGGCUCUCGCCACCCGCUAGCCCGGGAAGGACCCAGACCCCACGCUCCAGGGAGGGAGAUCUCAGGGACCCCAGAAGGCACAGCAGCUGCCCGCGGUGGACACCACCUGUGACCCACAGCCAGGACCUGGACUCCUAACGCAGACCACCCAGAGCCCCUGGGACCCUUUGGGGGUCACCUGAUUCCACCAUCAAAGAUAACUAACAACCUUACAUCUCAGGGAUACAGCAACACACUUCUCAGUUAUCCAUGAUUUGGAAAAAGAACAGCAAAUCAUCCCAAAUGAAGGCAAAGGAGGCAAAGAACUAUGACAAGAACAGCGACCGAUGAGGACAAACAGAAAGUAGAGGGAAAUCAAUAAAGUCGCAAACGUCACUCUUGGAAACAUUAACCGCACGCACGCCUCCUAGGCACCAUGGCCAAGGGAAGCAGAGAGAAGUCCCCUCACCAUCAUCACGACACCUCGGCAGACCCUGCACACUUUACACAGGUAAAGAACUUCAUGAACAGUUUUAUGCCCUCAUAUUAGAACAUGUAGGUGAAACAAACAAAAAUCGUCAGAAAUACAAUUUACCAAAAUGAUGGACACAAGGAUAAACAGAAAGUCUGAACUGUCGUAUGUAUCAAAUAUGUUGACUCUGUGUAAUCUUUCUGCCCGAGAUUCAGACUUAGUCAAGAAUGUUCACUCUCAACAAACAUAGGGACACCAAGUGGGGAAAGUGGGGAAGGUUGGAGUGAAUGAAUUGGGAGAUUGGGAUUGCCAUACGUACGUUACUGAUAAGAAAAAAAUUCCAAAUUGUACACUCUAAAUAUAUGCAGUUUAUUCUA